AAGAGGGUGGCGCAUGCGCGUUAGGCCGACGCCAUCUCUAAACUACUGUGCAUAAUACUUGUUGAAAGAUUUCAAUGGUUUAAGUGAUUUUGGUGUGUGCUAAAUCAUGAUAAAAGCGUUAACCAUGGAAUUACUUUGUUGUGAGUGAGGUCAAGUGUCUGUACACAACCUUUGAUGACUGUACUAUUUCAAUCAGUGUCGUCGGCGGAGUCUUGAUCUUGCGGAAGUUUCUUAGCUAUAGCAACGCAUAUUUUUUGCGGCUAUCUCUGCCGCGCUCGCUACACACCAAUUUCAUGAUUGUUUAACGCCAGUUUCACUAGUGCUUAAACACGGUGAAGAAAGUGAGUCUUAAGUUGAUAUGAACUCUGCUUUAAAACCAGUGCUGCCCCAACCGGGGGUACCUCAGCCAGGCGGCCAGGCGAGUCCCGCCAAAGGCAACGUAGCGAGCGCAAACCACGCUGUAGGACUGCCGCAGGGCGCGCAAAACUCUCUUCAUCACGGCUCCAACAACCUGGUCGGUCAGAAUCUGAUCCACCACGCCCCCACGCCUCAGUUGCCGAAUCACGCGGUGCCGUCCAUGGCUCCUGUGUCCGCUAACAUGGCCCAAAUGGCACAAAACAUGAGCCACCACGGAAACCUGUCUCACGUCACACAAAACUCUAUUACACCGGCAAACAUAGCUGCCAGCCCUAGUAAAAGUGCAACCACUAGUGCUCCCCUCAGUUUAGUACAAGAUAAAGCAAAUGCAUCGCAACCCCUAGCUUUAACUAGAACACCUGAGAAAAAAGAACCAGAUUCAACUGGCCAAGCCAAUGGGACAAUAGAAUCCCCAAAAUCAGCGUCAAAUGCACCGUCUACAUUGAAACCACAUAACCCUGAACCAAAACAAGACAAGCAAGAUAUUGCUAAAACAUCACCAAGUACACCUAAGCCACCUGAAAAAGCAGCUAGUGCUCCUAGCACACCCCAAAAACCUGAGACAUCCAAUCCUGUCAGUCAAGCUGAUAGUCCAGCACAACCUAAAGUAGCUACAGCUAAUGAACCCCCAGAGAAAUCACCAUCAAAACCAACAGAGCUUAAGCCAGCACCUGCUGCAGAUGUAGCACCUACACAGAGUGAUAGUAAGCCUGUUCCUGAAUCGGCUAACGAUAAUCAGAUUCAAGAGAAAUCAUCUCCUCCACAGAAAGAAUCAAUGGAAUGUGUAAAACCAGAAAUUGCUAAGGAAGAAAAGAAAGAGGAAGUUAUAGAAAAACCAGUAAAGAGUUCAGAAGAUAAAGUAGAAGAAAAACCAGAGCCACCUAAGCAGGAAGAGCCUGAAAAUCAACAGAAAGAUGAAAAAAUUGAGGAAAAGAAGUCUGAGGUUAAAACACUAGCUAUAAAAACUGAAGUUAAGGUCACACCAAAAUCCACACUAAAGUUGGCUACAGUGACCCCACCAAUGAGAAAGCGGAGACAGGUGUCCGAAAAAGCGGACGGACCAACACCACCCAAAAAGGCAACUGAAGGUGACAACACACCAGAUACAAGAACAAAAAGGAAUCGGACAAAGGUACAAUUAUAUCAAUCACCAACGCCAGAGAUAGCUAUGGCGACCAAGUUAUCGGCUUCUGCAGGUCGAUCCACGCCGACCAAGCCAAACGAUGACAAACUUAUCGUGUUUUAUAAGAACGAAUACUUAGCCGUUCGUAAUGCGGAAGGUGGUUUCUACGUUUGCCAAACUAUGCAAAACGUUUAUCGAACAACACGAAAAAUCAAAAUACGCUGGCUCUCUCAGGACAAAUCAGACGCAACGGGAGAAACGUACAAGCCGGAUUUCUAUGACGUCACAGACAUGGAGUGCGUGCUGACGACGCUGUCGAUGCAGCGCGAAGGCGGUGGCGCGCAGCGGCUGCGAUCCGGCGAGCGCGCGCGCGCCGCUUCCAUCCUGGAGCGCGCACUGCGCGCCGAGCAGAGCGGCGCCAACUGCCUGCAGCUCACCGAGGAGCAUCCCGACGGACUGGACCUCUCACUGUAUACUGAUGAGUCGCAGUUAGAGAAGAAAUCGCGUAAACGCAACAGCUCCAAGAGUUCUCCGCGCACAACGGACGACGCUACCGAGACUGCGAAUGAAGAGGCGACGCCUAGCAAAAAAGCGCGGACGACGCCAAAACGCAGUCCGAAAAGCGUCCGUAAAUCCAAAUCAACACCAAAAACUCAAAAACGAAAAUCGUCAGGUAGUACGCCCACUGUGGCGACCUCUAGCAAGGUAGGCAUAGUACGACGGAUAUAUAGAAAUACGGCAACGGCGUUGACGGAAAAGGCAAAAGCGAAAACGCCGACAAAACGAACUCCCGUAAAAUCAACGAAAGUUGAUACUCCUAUCUCUACGCCGAGAAAGGGUCGACGUGCAGCAAAAGAAAACAAGCCAUCACCCGUAGUGCCAACGCCUUCAACGUCGACGGGAAAGACGGGUCGCACCCGACGUCCUCCGGUAAAGAAAUAACACAACACGAUAUUGUACGUUAAUAUUACGAGACCGACGAACAGGGAGCGUUUUGCACGAGUCAUUAUAAAUGGAAGCUAACACUAGGUCAGCUAAUAGUUAUUUGAGGGUCUUUUCGCACUUAUCAGCAAUCACAUGUUUAAUAUAAAUAAUAUAUGUAGAGCUUUGCUGUAAGGAUAAACGCGAGACUGCAAAAUACGAACGUGAAAUGUCAGAAAGUGAAUCAACAUUGAUUAUAAAGAUUACAACAACUUACACGCAUAAAAAUAGAGUAGGUCACUUGAACAUUUCAUGGAUGCGAGAAGUUUAGUUCUUACAGAAUAGCCCUACCGAUCUUAAAAAAAAAUUAUAUUCAUUUCUUUAUAAAAAAGAAUUCAAAGUCAAAUUAAUUUGAGAUUCAAUACAUUUCUUGGAAGAGGUACUUAAUUAUAAACAAAAUUAUAGAUGUGUUCAAUUAAAGAGGUGAUAUGAAAAUUUUCAGUUACCUUUAGCGGUAAGUGUAAGAGGAGACCUUUAGUCCAUUGUGAUCGUGUAGUUUAAUUGAUAGUUCACAGUUCUAUUUUUGUUAGAAGAAAUAACAUUUGAAAAACAUAUGUUGUUAAAAACUACGUAUUUAAUUAAAUACAUUAAAUCCAGUCCUUGGUUUAUAGUAGAAAAUAUAUGAUAAUUUAAUUGUUAAAUCACAAAGUAUUUAUUUAAUAGCACAUUUAUUAAUAUUCUAAGGUCCCAUAAUUAUGGUUAAGUGAAAUACGUACAGGAUAAAUUCCAUUUUAUUUGUAGAAAUAAAUUGAGAACAAGACUUCUCUAAAGAUUUUAAAAAGAACUUUAUACUGCCAAUCAAAAAAAAAAAAUAGACGAAAUUCGAAUGUUUGAAAACAUUUUCGGCCUUAUACAUAAUAAAAUUUGUUAAACGCAAUUUAACAAAAUAUACUUUGCCUUAUUUAUGUCUAAUUGAAAUACAUAAGACAAAAGAUAUUUACGUUAGAAUAAGUUUAAGUAAAAUUUAAACAUGGCUGUUAGUAAACCCCAUAAUAUAGUUUUCUUAAUAUAUAAAAUAUAUAUUCUUCCAAAUAUUUGAUCUGUAAAAAUAUUUUAUUUAUACCAGUGUCUUCGUGCAAACGUUCCCGGUUCGAUUAAAACGUAUUUAAUGUUCACGUAUAAAAAGCCUUUAGGCUUUAUGGUUCAUGUGUUAUCUACACAAAAAUCGUCUAUACGUUUGUUUUAUAGACAGAUUAAGACAACAUUUCGAAACUGUAUUAAGUUUAUAAGUUAAGAAACAUUUGAAACAUAGUUCGUUUUUUUUUUUUUAUAUUUUUACCCGAAAGUAGUUCUAAUUUAACUCGUUAUAUAUUAAAUAACACGGUAUUUUUGAAAUGUUGUCUCGUUGUUUUAAGUUAUGGAGUAUGUGAUGAUGUUGAAAUAUAUAUAUAUAUAUAUAUAAUCAGGCAAUGUCAGAUUUUGAGGUCAAUUUUAUAUCUGUCAGCCAUCAAUACAAGUGGCAUUAAUGGCUGAUAGAUUUUAAAUUUAAAUGGGACAAGAACAUUAAAUAAAUGUUUACCGUGGCUCGAAUACAUGUAGGGUAGUCAAAGUCAAAUAAAACAUUUUUUUGUCAAAUAGUAAUUGAAAUUAAUUGCAUCUGAUUAGCAAAAUUAUGUUUAAUAUAUAUUAUACAGACAAGCGUAUAAUAUAUAAUAAUAGCAAUUCUACAAUACAAAUGUAUUUGGGCUAAUCAGCUGCCAUUUUGUUUUUAUAAUUAUACAUUGCAAGAAAAAUGUAUUAAUCAUUGACAAACUUGUAUAAUGUUUAAUUUUUAUUAUACAAAGCAGCAUACAUAUUAUAUGUUAAUAGCUGGAGUAAUACAUGUUUUAAAUGGUCAGAAUAAAACAUUCCUCAAAAUCUGAUAUUGCUAGUCUAGAAAGAUCUAGCACAUUGCAUGUUUCAAUAUAUAAGUUAAUUAAAAAAACCUGAGUAAAACAUGAGUUUGACAGAUAUUUUUGUAUGGGUUCCGUACAUGUUUAAAUUUUCUGUAAUAGUUAUUGUAAAAAAAUCGUCAAUUGUGAAAAAGAAUUGCAUUUUUUUUUAAAGUACGGAUCUAUCUAGAUAUUAUUUUUUUGAAUGUUUAUAUCAUGAAAACAAAGGUUUGACAUCACAAUUCUUUUUUAGAUAUACCUUUUGACUUCGAUUUGUGACGCCAUGUAUGACUUGGUUUUUAUUACUUUUUUUUUCUAAUAUAAUACUAAAAUUUAAAUAACAGUCAAAUGUAAAUAUUUAAAAAUUAACAAAAAAAUAUCAUAUAAUAAUAUUAUAUGCUGACUGUUAGGGAGUAACUCUAUUUCAUCGCAGCCAGAUUUUACGGCCGAGUCCGACGCGUUGCGGAACGUUCCGAACAGCUGCGAUUAAAUUGGGUCACUCCCCAAUUCAGAUUUAAGGAAGUUAUAUAUUUGAGAGGUGUUUUACCUCAGUAAACGUUAAGCAAUAGAUAUAUAAGUUUGAUUUUUGUAUAAGAUUAAUUCUAAAUUUCUUAACUUUUCUAGAGUAUUCGAUUUUAUUGCGACGGAAAUUAUUGUAUAUUAGUACAAAGUAUCAAAAUUGGUGGAUGUUAAAGCAUUGAAAUAUCACGACGUUGCUUCGUUGGCGAUAAUGUUAUUUUGAUAUGAAUUGUGUUUAAUUUUAAUUAGAUUAUACGAAACGCAUGCGUUCAAUGGAAUGAAAUUCAAAGUUUUCGAUCACCGAUCUGGACCAAUCAUUCUAGUGAUGACUUCGCGGGGAACUGUACACAGUUGUGUACAGUUAAUUAUAUUAUUGUAUCAAAUGUGUCUGCUUAUUGUAAAAAUAAAUCAUGGUGUUGUAAUUACAUCUAAAUAACGAAAUAGAUAAAUCAGAUUGUCUUUACUUAGUGAAAGCCUGCGUGCUAAUACGAUUCGGUUCGAUGGACUGAGAAUAAUUUUGAAUAUCGAAUUAAAAUAUCGGCUAGACCUUACGCACAUUUAAUGUAUUUUUUUUUUAUUUUUGUUACAUCACUAGUAUUCGAUGUACGGUUGUUACAUUUAAUUUACGACAUACAUUUUGUUAAAUUGUUUUCUGAUAUGGAUGAACCAAUGUUGUUGUAUCGAAGCUCGUGUGAGCGUGUGUGUGUGAAAAUCUUAGGAGAACUAAGUACCUAAACGUAGGUGGUAUUUUUAAAUAGGUUAAUAUCUAAAGAGGAAAUAAGUUUAGAGUAUAAAUUAUUGCGUGUGCAUUUUCUGUUUGUCGGAGCGAAUGUUGACUGGUCCUCUGGUACAAUAGCGUACAUAUUUUAGCGUUUUAUACAAAUAAAGAUAUCAGUCGAGAGUACUAUUGUAACAGAAAGUCCACAAAUUUUAUGCAAUUCAGAAAUAAAUAUAAAUAAUUUAAGGAAA